AUGAAAUCAACAUUGCCUGGCCAUGGACGGAGCAAGCUCGGAUACCUCGCCGACCUCAUCUAUCCCGUCAUCCGCAAUCCGCCCUUCUACCCGGCCUUUCCAUCCAUCUCUUUUGCUACCCUGGGAGCAGGCUUCAAUAUCAAACCUGGGCCCAGCCUCGGAUCUGGUGGACCUGGGUCAUUAAGUCAGCGAGAGCAACGGAACCUCCGCAGUCUAACGGGGACGCUCAGGGCAAAACAUAUCGACUCGGCAGGCUUCAAUUGCAAUGGUAAACAUGGGGGGAGCCGUCUGAACAAGCAUCGGAAAUCUGCAGCCAGCGCCUCCACCGCUUUACCAAGAGUUACUGUGUUCGCAGCCAAUGCCAAUGCGAGUGCCUCACCGCGUCCAUGCUAUUGGUUCUCGGCUCCUGCCCCUCCUCCUCUUCUUCGCCUCAACCUGCCUAUCAGAGUUGCUAUGCACACUUCGACACAUUCGACCAUCGUCUCGCCUGAACCAUCUCAAGCACGGCAGGUCCGUUGUCCAGCAACAACAACAACCGCAGCAGCAAUGACGGACACUCUUCAUUACACACCGCUUAUGAUCGGUCUACACAUGAGUUUGUUUUCGGUAACCUGUUGCGAAAGCUCGAGGGAAGCAUCGUGGAAUAUCGGCAGACUGGGACAUAUGUGA